AUGCAGCUUGCCGUAUGAAUUGGGGCCAGAUGGUUGGUUAUGGUAAGGUUGCUUGACAUGCGUCCGACGGGAACCGGGGGUUGCGUUGGCAUUCAAACAUUUCUUUUUUUCCUUUGGACCGUAACAGUCUUUCUAUCCGCAACCUUAUCUCCGUGUCUAGCCAAAAUAGCGUCAAUGACCAUCUUUUCUUCUGUCUUAUCUAUCAUAACUUUGUUGUUGUUUCCCAUGGGCCCUGGGUGUUUGCUCGGUGGGCUUCCCUGGUCUCGUCACAUGCUUCUGUCAGAUGUCAGUGAACUGCGACGGUUCUAUGUUGGUUUGCGGUUGGAGUUGGGGCCCGGAACUGGGGCUGAGAUAGUGCUGGCGAGUACGGAUACUUGUGGUUGUAUUCAUAUGUACAAUGUUUGCCGAUCAGAGCCGUGAUGAGUGAUGUUGGUCUCCUUGAGUUGGAGCGGGUGAGCGAAGGUGAGGUUUGUGGAUGUGAGACCGGGGGUUAUCAUUGUUGGGCGGUUAAGGUUGGCUCUUACCUACCAAGGAGGACACGUGGGGGCGAGUUGAAAACAUAUGAGUACAACUUUUUAGACGCAAUGUUGGGGGUCUGCCAUCUUCGGACUUCUGUAAGGGUUUGUGAUGACUUGUCGGUACGCGAUAGUUCUUGCCCAUUGAGGUACGAUUUGUCCAAGGCUCAUUCAGCCAAGACAACCACACUGUCCUACGACCCAGCAUGCCUUGGUUAGUUAAACAAGAUUACUGAGCAGAGAUGUUUGUCGCAAGCAAAUUAUGCAAUUGAGCCCAUUGAGAUUCUCAUCGCCCGGCAGUUGAAAUUGUG